UAACGGUCGUAACGGACCAUGGGCGACUCUCUGUGGAGAUAUUACUUUGGAGUUCUAUUCAUCGCGUGCAAGGUGAACCUGUCCCGCGCGCUCAUCCUGGACUCCAUAUACUGGAACACGACGAACACCAAGUUCGUGCCAGGACAGGGUCUGGUGCUGUAUCCACAGAUCGGGAUAAGAUGGACAUAGUUUGCCCACGCAUGGAGGGCGGCUCAACAGAAGGAGUGGAGUAUUAUAAACUCUAUAUGGUUCCUCUGGAACAGCUGAAGUCCUGUCAGGUCACAAAGGCAGAUACGCCUCUACUCAACUGUGUCAAACCGGACCAGGACGUCAAAUUCACCCUCAAAUUCCAGGAGUUCAGCCCAAACCUUUGGGGCCUGGAGUUCUUCAGGGGGAAAGACUACUACAUUAUCU